CUACUAGGGACCUAAGAAAGCGAACAAACCUCUUGUCUGCCGUCUUGCACAGAUCUAACUUACUUAGAAGAAUGGAAUCUCACUCGAAAUGCAGCCUGAAGAAGCACCACAGCGAAGAGUCGAGCUCCAAGAUGCCCGAGGGAGUGGACAUGGAGAUCUCCUGCCACCCUCUGACCAUGAAGCAUGUGGUCAACCUGGUCAUCGCCAUGGAGAGGUUCAAGGGCAGCAAGCUGGAGUCAGCGCUCAGCUCCGAGUUUGACGACGAAAACUUUCUCAACGUGAUGUUGGACAGCAUUGUGGAAGAGGAAAUUGUAAUCGAGCUGACCUCGGAGCCGCCAACGCAGAGUGACUACAGCAAGACUCUGGAGUUUGACUGCAGUCUUACUGACGGCCAGCAGAAGGAGUGGGUGCAGAUGCAAAACAGCAUGGAGCUCCUCGGUGUGAUGCUGCAGGGCGGGAGCAAUCACCAUGCAGUCCAGAUACGCAUGGCGACCUACCGGCACCUACCGACUGACACCAACGCCCAGCCUGUGGCCUUGGGCAUCAAGAACUCUUCCUUCUUCCUGUCCUGCUCUGAGGAAGGUGGCAAGCCCACCCUGCAUCUGGAGACUGUCGCAAACAAAGAUGACUUGAAGAAGAUCAGCAAGGACAGCGACAUGGUGCGCUUCCUCUUCUACAGACAUGACCAAGGCCUUGACAUCAGCACCUUCAGGUCUGUCCGCUUCCCCACCUGGUUCAUCAGCACAGCCAAGACCAACAACCAGCCAGUGGACAUGUGCGAGCAGACCGCGAACCGCAACAUCACCUUCACCGUCCAGAGUUAAAGACGGCCUGCUUAAGUCUGUCUCAGGUCAGGUGUG